AUGUUCCUCGAAAGAAUGAUCACUGGCGCUCUAGAAAAACCCCAUCUUCUUUAUGCACUGCUGGCAGCAGCCUGCAGUCACCACAGCCGUCUCAUCCCCAAAGAAACGCACCAAAGGUCAAUGGUAGCCGGUCUGAAAUAUACCAAUCUAGCCAUCUCCAAUUUACGUUCCGCUCUCGCAGAUGACAAUGAGAUGCUGCGACCGGAAACUGUUACUACGGCAAUGACACUGUGCACGAAUGAUGUCUGCAACGGAAAUAUGGAAAUAUGGAAUGUCCAUCUUGAUGGUGUCAUUCGAUUACUUACUGCAUUUAUGGAGCACCAGAAGGAAAAUUCCCGCAUCGAUCCUUACGCCCAAUGUUUGGUGAAGUGGUGCAUAACUAUGGAUGUUCUGGCGGGGUUUUCGGGACUUCGCACGGUCCAAAGUGAGUUUUUGACCCAAGUCUCAAAUCAAUCCGUUGAUGAGAUCGAUGAUAUUUGUGGCUAUUCCUUAGAGUUGGCGCCAUUUCUUGCACAGUUGCCACAGCUAGCGAAGUGCCAGGAGCAAUUGUCAAUGACUUCAGAAUUAGAGAUACUUGAGGCCAAGAUCUCUCGUCUCAUUGGUGCGACUGUCUCGGAAGCAAAGCUAGACAGCAUGGGAGAUCUGGCUAUAGAGCUUCACUAUACCCACCUUGCUUUUGUCCACUCCGCUUUGCUAUACCUCCACCGCCGAGUUCAGAACCUUUCGCGGAACCACGUCAAGGUCAGGGAGGAUGUCAUGAGUAUCAUCGACUCCAUUCGACGGAUAGGGUCCUUCUCCCCGGCAAACAUUUUAAUCUUGUGGCCAAUAUUCACCGCCGGUUGCGAAACUGAGAUCAUUAGCGAACGCCAAUACAUCCAAAAUCGGAUGAACAAUAUGCAAUGCUUUGGAAUGGGCAAUUAUACACGAGCUCGGGAAUACUUGCUUAAUUUCUGGGCUUCUGAAACCUCCUUGCCGUGGGAUGUGUAUUUUUCGCACCUAGGGAAAGAGGUGGUGUUAUUUUGA